AUGAGGGCAAGUUCUCUUGAAGUGAUUUUUGUAUUUAUCUUCCCCCCAUCAUUUGAUGAGCUUGAGAAGCGCCUUUGCUCUCGGGGAACAAAAACUGAGGAACAAGUUCAAAAGAGGCUAAGAAAUGCGAAAGUUGAGCUCGAGCAAGGAAGAGCCCCAGACAAUUCUGUAAUAAAAUUUCUGUUCCAUGCAGAAAUGACUUGCCUAGAUGAAACCCUUGAUGUCUCUUAUGAUUCAGCAUUGGACAAAAUUCCUCUUAUUCAUUCUGUGUCUAAAAAGGAUCAGAAUCUUCUGAUAAACUGUGGCAGGGGCCAAUUUGAAUCUUCAACACCUAGCAUGUUUUUCCUCAAUUCGAGUUCCCCGCGGGCAGCCUCCCUCAUCAUGCCCCUACUGGUUGUAGCGGGGAAGUCUUCUCUUCGGUUUCCAUCAGGCAGGCCAUUGGUCCACUCCCUCAGUUCGACAGAGACCGCUCCGACGAAUCCUGUCGUUUGA